CAAAACCAAAUUGCAAUUUAUUAACAACUAUAUGGAGUCCAAUUUCUUAGUAGUAUUUCCUUUUCCACUCAUGCUUUUAACUAUUUUAACCAUCUUCUUCUCUCUCACCUCAUCUCAACCAAUCGAUUCAAACAGUGAUCAAGAUGCUCUACUAGCUUUCAAAAAAUCCAUCACAAAUGGUGCCUUGAGCAACAAAUGGCUCACCAACACCUCCAUCUGCGACUGGGCCGGCGUCUCGUGCGGUAGCAAACACCGCAGGGUCACAUCACUCAGCCUCACCGGCUUCGGACUCGAGGGAAACCUCACUCCACAUCUCGGAAACCUAACAUUUCUCCAGUCCCUGGACAUCAGCUCCAACAGUUUGACUGGCGUCUUACCAACUGAGCUGUCCAAACUGCAGCGUUUGCAGGAAAUAAAUGCGGCUUCCAACAACCUGAGUGGAGAGAUUCCAAAGGGUAUCUUCACAAACAUGUCAGCGUUGGUGGAGAUUGAUCUGAGCAAUAAUAAGCUGUCGGGCGGGCUCCCAAGUGAUAUGUGUAGUAAUACUCCCAAACUCAAGAGAUUGUUUCUCAGAGAGAAUCAAAUUUAUGGGAAUAUUCCGAUGAGUAUAGACAUGUGUAUAGAGAUGGAGGAGCUGAGCUUGUCGACCAACCGCUUCAAUGGAAACAUACCAAUUGGAAUUGGCAAUUUGAGCAUGCUUACGCUUUUAUCUAUGUAUGAUAAUGAUCUCCAAGGAAAUAUUCCGUCUUCUAUCUUCAACAUUUCAUCGUUGGAAUCGAUGUACCUCUUCAGCAAUCGUCUGUCUGGAAACAUCCCCUCCAAGUUGAACAAUUUACCCAACCUCAGUGAGUUGUAUCUUUACGAAAACAACUUAGAAGGUCACAUACCAAAGCAAAUUGGGAACCUCACUUCCCUACUAAACCUGGAUCUUGCUUACAAUAAGUUGGCAGGUGAAUUGCCGGGAGAGCUUGGUAAUCUAGCAAAACUCGAGUCUCUAUUUGCAUCGUUCAACGAUUUCUUAUCUGGUUCCAUCCCAUCUUCCAUAUUCAACUUAUCAAACUUGAAGACACUCCAUCUUCAACAGAAUCAAUUUUCCGGCACUCUUCCUCGGAACAUGGGGCUCUCGCUUGUCAGUCUCGAGGAGCUCUGCUUAUUUUUCAAUAGACUCACCGGACAAAUUCCAACCUCUAUCACGAAUGCUUCUCAGCUUACUGUCCUAGAACUAAAUUUAAACUCAUUCACUGGCCCCAUUCCUGACUUUGGUAAUCUAAGGCAGCUUCAAACCCUUCGCCUUUGGGAAAAUAAUCUGACCGGGGCAGAAUCGCCAAAUCAAGAAAUAGGGUUUCUGUCUGGUUUAACAAACUGCCGCAAUUUGAUGCACUUGGAAAUAUCAAACAAUUCAUUGAUGAAUGGGGUUCUCCCAGCUUCGGUUGGGAAUCUUUCUACUUCUCUUGUCACUUUUGCAGCAUCUAAUUGCAGCAUUAGAGGCCUCAUUCCUUCUCAAAUUGGAAAUUUAAGCAGUUUGCAAACCUUAGAUUUAUCUAGGAAUCAACUCACAGGAUUGAUCCCAACAACAAUGGGAAAACUGGUGCAACUUGGGAAGUUGUAUCUUUAUGAUAACCAGCUGCAAGGAUAUAUCCCUCAUAAUAUUUGCCAAAUCAAUAGUUUGCUAGAGUUACUCUUGAAUGGUAAUAUGUUCACAGGUUCAAUACCUGAAUGUUUGGGAGAUAUCAAGUCCCUUCAAAGAGUCUCUAUUGCCUCAAACAAGCUGAAUUCUACACUUCCUUUCAACUUUUUAAGUCUUCAAAACCUCAUAGCUCUCCACUUGUCCUCAAACUACUUGACUGGUCUAAUUCCUGAUCAAAUCUCAAGUUUGAGGGCUAUCAACACCCUAGACUUGUCUUAUAACCUGUUUUUAGGAAACAUUCCAAACACAACUGCUGAUUUGGAAUCUCUUGAGUUCCUGUAUUUGUCAAAUAAUAUGUUGAAUGGAUCCAUCCCUGAAUCUUUGGGGGAGGUGAGAGGCUUGAGGGAACUAGAUCUAUCCAGUAAUAAUCUCUCUGGUUUGAUACCUGUCUCCUUAGAGAAUCUCGAUCUCAAAUCGUUUAACGUCUCUCACAACAAAUUGGAAGGACAGAUUCCUGACAAGGGUUGCUUCGCCAACUUCACCGCUGAAUCUUUUUCUCAAAACCCUGAACUAUGCGGCGCUGCCAGAUUUCAAGUGCCACCUUGUCCGAGAAAGCAUGGAAGAUCAAGAUCGGAACAAAUUGCUCUGAUAAUGAAAUAUGCUUUGCCUCCCUUGGUCGGAGCUUUGAUUUUCGUACUGAUCGUGGUCUUCCUGAUAAAGAGACGCCAGCAGAAAAAGGCGGCGCCAGCUUCUGCUGACGCCUCAUCAGUUGGAGUCCCAUGGAAGAUCGUCUCGGAGAGAGAACUCACACAUGGGACGAGUUCCUUUAGUGAGAUAAACCUACUCGGGAAAGGGAGCUAUGGUUCAGUGUUCAAAGCAAUGCUUGCGGAUGACACAACUGUCGCAGUGAAAGUGUUCAACUUGGAAUCAGAAGGAGCGCUGAAGAGCUUCGACACAGAGAGUCGCAUACUGAGCACUAUUCGCCACAGGAACUUGAUCAAGAUACUUGGUUGCUGCAGCAAUGCGCAGUUCAAGGCCUUGAUUCUAGAUUACAUGCCUAAUGGGUGUCUGGACAAAUGGCUGCAUUCGGAUGGGCAUGUUUUGGAUCUGAUGCAGAGGCUGAAUAUAGCCAUAGACGUCGCGCUGGCCAUGGAAUAUCUUCAUCACAAUCACACGUUCACCGUCGUGCAUUGUGAUUUAAAGCCGAACAAUGUGUUGCUUGACGAAGAUAUGACUGCUCAUGUUGGGGAUUUUGGCAUUUCUAAGCUUUUUGAGGAUAGGGAAGCUGUGGUUAAUACUAUGACCAUGGCAACUAUUGGUUAUGCAGCACCAGAAUAUGGAUCAGAAGGAAAAGUAUCCACGAGCGGGGAUGUAUACAGCUAUGGGAUACUAUUGUUGGAGAUUUUUACGAGUACGAAGCCAACAGAUGAUAUGUUCAGCGUGGAAAUGGGCCUGAAGGAGUGGGUGAACAAUGCAUUACAAGAAAAUGGAAUAAGUGAAGUUGUGGCGCCUGGUUUGCUAUCAAGAGAAGAUCGGCAUUUCUCUGCAAAGGAGCAAUGUGUUGUGUCUAUUUUUGAUUUGGCGAUGAAAUGUUUGGCCUUCUCGGCCGAGGAAAGGAUCAACAUGAUGCAAGUUGCAGCUGCACUGCAGAAGUUCAAAGCUAUAGUAGAAGCAGCCACGAAGAGGCGAACGAGUUCUUGAAUAUGUACCAUCGUUAUGAACUUUUUUUCCUCAUGAUGACUCAAACGCUCAGCAAAAAGUUACAACUUGAUUUCCA